AUGCAGACAUUCAAGGAAGCUGCGGCCGCUAUUACAGCACACAGGCCGGUCAGGCCCGAGGAGGCAGCCAGAGGCAAGCUUGACUACGUCCAGGUAGCGGACUGGGGUGAUGGCGACCGGUCGAAGCUUGGAGAGCUGCGGCUUGUCAGCCACGUGCAGCAGUACGAGGGGUCCGCGAGUGGUACGACAGGCGCGAAAAGCCCGGGGUCCAGCCAGAGCGACAGUAACAACAACGGCGGCGGUGAAGGCGGCGGGGUCCCACCAUUUCAUAUGCAGCUUGCACGCCAGCUGCAAAUGGCGGAGGCACGUGGCGCGCUGGCAGUGGCUGGGCCGCCCCCGCCCCCCCUCGCUGAAUGGAGCUUCCGCGAGCAGCGUUACGAGCAAUAUCUGGCAGAUCAGCUGGCCGUGCAUGAGGCUCUGGAAACGGCCCUGAGGGAGGCAGCCGCCAGCAUCGCCACCACCGCUGCCGCCAACAAGGACGACGCCGCAAAUGUGUCACAGCAGGCAAGCCAGCCGCCGCCGCCGCCGUCACCACCGGUACAGGAUGCCGUACACGCCUUGAUGCACCUGAUUCCUGGCCGGUUGGGUUUGGAGCGAAGCGGCGCGAUACGGCGGGACUUGGAGGCCUUGCGUGCUACUGCUGCCGGUAUUGGUUCGGGGGCUACAACAGCUGAUUCAGCAACAAGAGCUGAUUCAAAUUUGGGGUCAGUAGCACUGUACGGCAGGGUCGAACUCGCGGGGAGGAGCUCCGCGGAGGUGAUGGAACCCCCUAGCGCAGUGGCGGCGCCGCCAAGCAUUGAGAAUACGGCGGCAGGUCCCAUGGCCCGAUCGUACGUGCAGGUGCUGCGGCGGCUGGGCCGCGUGGCAGCGGCGGGUGAGGACGAGAAGGAGCGCCAGCUGGGUGCUUUGCGGCUGCUUGCCCACGCGGCCGUGGUGUACCUGGCGGGCCAGGCGGUGUGUGUGCGGCUGGGGGCCACCGCCACGGAGCGCCUGGCGCUGCUGCCGCGGAGGGCGGCGGCGACCUAUCACGAAUAUCCCCGGGAGGCGGUGUUUGACGAGGUCGCGAGCGCCAUGCAGAAGACCGGGCUGCUGCUCAGCGCACUAGCACAUCGAGACUAA